CGCAGAAAGGCGCGUGGAAGGCGCGCAGGUUGCGCUGACUGAGGGCUCCAGGAGAACGGGGAGAGUCGCCUGAGGGAAAGGCCUCUUCGGUGCAGGGCGGUGCCGAAGGCGCCAGUUUCUCCUCACGAGGCAGGAGUGUUGCCAACUGACCGGGAAUAGACCCACGUUGGCCCGCUCCUGUGCAACUCUGACAAGGGUUUGGUCCGCAGAAAACGGCAGCCCAAUUUAAUUAAGAUGGAAGACUAUGAGCAGUUUUGCAAGAAGCAGCUUGCUAGGAUCCAAGGAGAGUCAACACAAAGAGGAACGUCUCCACUUGCUGAGCACAAAAAUAUUUCUUUUAUUCAUUUCAAUGGUGUUCCUGUACUUUCUCCUCUGCUUACUCUUGAGAGAAAAAAGGAGCUACAAGAAGACAGACAAAAAGCCGUGGACUUAGAACGCUGGCGACAGAACUCCAGGAAAAUAAUUUUGUUGAAUCGCGUUCAGGAGAUUGUGGAAAAUGUGCAGAUGAAGAAACUGUCCAGUCAAAGUGCUUUAGAUCAGUCUGAGACAGAGAAUAUUCAUUUGGAUUUAAAAUCCAAAAUGGUGAAUGGCUUUGGGAUGCAAUCAAGCAGUGUUUUGCCAAGUUCUACUGCUCUUGGUGUGUUGACGGAACCUAAAAGGACUCCGGAUGUUAAGCCGGCAGAUACACAAGUUGUAUCAAGUGGGGACUCCCUCGGUGGUACUGAACAGUUUGUCCCCCAUAAACCAAAGGACACUUGCUGUAGCUUUUUUGAAAAGAGAGUUUGCCCAGAAGGUGCAUCUUCCAAUCCAAUAAACAUGUCUCCUUUGAAUGAGACUGAAAAGAAAGAGAGCAUUGAGAUGGUAUCAGCUGAUGUGGAAAGCCCAGAUCCUUACAUGAUGAGUCUUCAGAACCUCUUAAAAAAAUCCAGGGAGUACAUACAGAGAGAACAAACCAGGCGUAGCAUGCGGAGUAAUUCAAGGAGAAGUGGUAGCGAAAGCCACUCAGACAAAGAAAAUGAUGCCGUUAAAACGAGCGACGCUGUGAGAGAGAGAGGAAAGUUAACAGGCAGAAGUUGUAUGGCUGUAGCACCUGAUAAAUCGGGCCUUACAAAAUCGAAUACUUCUCUGCAAAGUACCUCAGUCUCCAAAAAUAAUUCAAGUGUAGCAUCACCCAGUUUUUCUAAAGUGGAUAUACCUAUGAGAUCUGGAACACCACCUGUUUUGGAUUCAGAUGAAGACUUCAAAAACACCUCUUUCUUUGAACAUGACAGUAGCAUUCUCCGAAGUUUCACGGGUUCUUAUUCCAAAUUACCCAGUCCAGAGCUGAGUAUGAGCCCCAAAAUUCACAGAAGACGCCCGAGGCCUUCUUCAAUGGGGCACAUCGUCAUUAACAACCCUGUGAAUGCCUUUGAAUUAAGCCCGAAAGAAAAGGGAAGAGCUGUGGAUUUGAUCGCUCAAGAUGCUGGCGACAGACAAACUGCAUCUGACCCUGUGCCAAAACUGACUGCAGACUUUGCUCCCACCUCCCCCAGCAAAAUUCAUGUUUUUCGCAAGAGCUCUUCAGAUAUCUGUGAUGAAUUGGUGAUUGAAAAACGGAAUCAAGUGUGCCAGUUUUCGAUUGGUCAGCGAGAGAACAGAAGGUUCCCAGUCAGUGCCACGGAAGAGGUGGAUUUGAUGUUUGAAGGCAAAAGGGCAUCAAAUCCCUGCCUUUCAGAUCCAAGCCUUCGGGAAACAUACGCAGUCAGCUGUCCCAUUAUAAUGCAAAACAAAGCAAAGGUCACUGGAGCCAAGCAAACCAGCCUACUGGACAGAGCCAAAUGUAAUGCACCCACAGAGCUCAAUAAAUCAUACGAUGUCGACAGCCCGUCUCCCUUACUAAUACAAACACAGAAUCAGCAACAGAUGGAUACCCCAAACGUGUCCCUUGGGAAUGAGCAGAUUUUAGAAAACGGGUUCGAAAAGGUAAAACGUAGGCUUGAGCUGGACACGGAUAGCGCACAGAAGGAAAACAUGCCUUGUGUUGUAGCGGCAGAAACCAGCGUGCAAGAGAGGCGAUGGCUGUAUGAUCAAAAGUGCCCAGCGGGGUCUGGAUUUGGUUCCAAGAGUGAGACGCCAGAAAGAAGUGUCAGUGAAGGGGAGACUUUAAAACAGAAAAUGCUGGCCUUUGAGGAACUGAGGAAGAGACUUGAAGAACAGCAUGCUCAGCAACUCUCAUUGUUGAUAGCUGAGCAAGAGAGAGAACAGGAGAGGCUGCACAAGGAGAUCGAAGAACAGGAGUGGAGAUUAAAAGGGGAGAAAACCGCUGUAGCCAAAAUGGAAAUCCCCCAAAUUGCUAUUAGCAGUAGAAUGGAUCUGGAAUGGAGGAAGAUCAGUGACACUCACUUGCUGGAAUCUGUGCUGACUCGAGUGGAAACGAUCCAUAGCACAAACGCUGAGAGUGCUGGUUUUGCCAAUGCUGCGGUCUCUUGUUCGACCUCUGAAUCUCCAUUCUACCUUUGGGAACCACCAGCAAGUGGAAAAUCUGUUUCGGCAUCCAGAUCUAUUAGCAGGAGUAAAAUGAGAUGGUCUCAGGUGUACAGUCCUGAGAUGAAAAGGAAAUUGAACAAGAUCUCUGCUUUGGCAAAGGGAUUUCUAACUCGAAGACUCUUGCAAACAGAAAAAUUGAGGCACCUUCGGCAAACUGUAAAAGAUACUAUGGAGUUCAUAAAAAACUUCCAGACAGAAGCUCCGUUAAAGAGAGGAAACGUUUCAACUCAAGAUGCUAACUUGCAAGAGCGAGUGGUGGCUCAGCUGCGAGCUGCACUGUAUGAUAUUCAUGAUAUCUUCUUCAAAAUAGAAGUGUCUGAGAGAAUGAGCAUCCUGCAUCAUGAUCGAGAAGUUCGCAAAGAGAAAAUGCUCCGGCAGCUGGAUAAAGCAAAGGCCCCAAGAGAUCGAGUGACACUUUCUACAGCUACACAGAAGUCUCUGGAUAGGAAGAAAUAUAUGAAGUACGUUGGGAAACGAGCUUCUGAAAUGGGAAUGCCAAAUCGAAAAACAAUUGUAAAGCAAAAGACUCCAGAAAACAGAGUUCUUCAGCCAAAUCAAGGUCAAAAUGCUCCUAUUCAAAGACUCCUUUCCAGACAAGGAACCCCUAAGACCUCAGUGAAGGGGGCUGAGCAAAAUAGAAAGAAGCCCUCAGAGAGCAGAGUGUCUAACAAGGCCCUUCCAGGAGUAUAUGCAGGAAGAAUCCAAAGAAAGAAGCCAAGUGUUGUGACAACUUAAGAAGGCAGCAUUCACUGGGCUAAGAGGUUGCUUUGGUUUGCAGUGUUCUCCACUGCUUCAGAUCUUCCUGCUGUUACACACGUCGAUGGUUUGAAUCAGCAAACUUAUACUUUGUGAUAUUUGUUUAGAUUUCUGAGUGAUAGUGGCAUGAAAAGAAGAAUGAUCAGCACAAGAAACCGAAGAAUCGUUUAUUCCACAUAUUUCAACUUUCUUAUGAGUGGUGUUUACUUACUCUUGAAACCAUUAUCUAUUGUACACCCUCAGGGAGAAUUUUUGAUUUUUGGGGGAAAUGUUUUUGCAAACUUGAACCGAUACCAUACUUUUUAUAGUGCAAUAAAUACACUUAAAGGGGCGGUUUAUAUAUUCUGCAUUAAUUCUUGUCUGUAACACUCUGUUUAUUUAUUUAAAGUGCUUCCACAAAGAAAGCAUUCAGCGACAGCUGCGUGUAGAUUGUGUCUUAUGGCUGCUACGCUUUAACCACAUGAAACCUUUGUCUUCAGCCCCACUGAUUUUGUGGAUGAUGCUAUUAGUCUUGCAGUAGGGCUGUGCACCGACCCCCCCCUUCACCUCAGAGGCCGGUUCGGAGCCCCUGAAGCAGCCCCGAUUCGCCUUGGGGGUGCUUCGGGGGUUGCCCGACUCACCUUGGUGCCGAAACCGAGGCAAGAUUCAGGCCCUCCAAGGCAACAGACUUUUCUAGGUGCCAGCUGCGUAGCCAGUCCCAGUCCCUGGGUACCGGCUGUGCAACCGGCACCCAGAAAAGCCCCCUAUCCCCACUCUCCCCAUUUAACUGCCGAGGCCCCAAAUCCUAGGCGGUUCUGGCUCAGCCCAAGGCUCCCCGAAGCCGAUUGGCUCCAAAGCCAGUCAAAGGUCUGAUCUGUUGGCUGCUGAUCCAGACAUAAGAUGGAGGUGCUGAUUGGACCACCAUGAAAUCAAUCCUAAUGAUAUCUUUGAAGUGAUAUUUCACAUUAUGCUGGAAGCAAGAACGUGGCAGGAGAAGGAAAGGGGGAAAAUCAGUAGUGAUGUUGCAAG